UUCCCCUUGCUUUUCCACCAUGAAGAUCAAAAUAGCAGCAUUUUUAGCUGCGAUACUGGGAGUCUUUGGCGUCUUCCUUUUUCUAGUAGCCUUUGGGACAGAUUACUGGCUGCUGGUGACGGAAAAGUGUGGCGGAUUUGAAGCGAAGAACAGCAGUCACUUCUCUGAAGAGGAUGGGAAGCAAGACUGGAAAGAAGAUGGCAAAGAGAUCCUGACAUUUCACCAUGAAGGUUUCUUUUGGAGAUGCUGGUUCUUUGGUGAAGAUUACAGAGAGACUAUAUGGAACUUCUGGUUUACCAGCCAAGCCCAUCCUAAGCACUGCAUGCACGCCUACCUGUUUCCAAUGCCUAUUGUGCUUGGGCCUCAUCCUCACCCCUCCUACGAUGCAACUGCAGUGUACAGGGGCUUCUGGACAGCACUGAUUGUACUGGCUAUCACUGCCAGCCUUGUAGGAGUGUUUUUGUUGGUGUGUGGUGUGCCCUUUGUCAAUGCAAGAUUCUAUAAAGUUGGAGGUGGAUUCCUUAUUGCUGCUGGAAGUUUAUUUGCCCUGCUCAUAUUUAUGUUUGUGGUGUGGAAAGAAUUUGUUGCUGAUCUCCGUAAAUACAUACUACUGGAAAGAAGUGAAAGAUGCCUAGAUGACACUCCUCUAUCUGUUUAUUAUGGCUGGUCUUUCAUCUUUGCAACUGCUGGAAUACCGUUAGCCUUGUUUUCAGGUCUGCUAUUCUAUCUGGUUGGACACAGCAUCCUGAAGGAGCUUGAGUAAAGAAAAUGAGGUCGCUGCUUGGGUACCACCCCUGGGAAGGAAAACUCUCAUCUUAGUUAUUUAUUUCUAGAUCUAGUGAUAUUGUGCCAGGAGUGUUGAGGAAUGG